UUUUCCAGUGCAUUUCUGAAUUCUCCGAGUGUUCCUCCUUGUCCAACUCCGCCCUCCCAACCGUGUCCAGUUCUCUCUCUGUUCGUCUCAGUAGGACGCUGCGUCUGGCUUAUCUCACAGUAUAAACCUGUUGCACACUCAGCAACUGACUCUGGCUGCAUAAAACGUAUAGUGUGCUGUCAGUUCCAAUCUCUUGACUUUUAUCACAAUGGGGUUGAAACGACGAGGAUGGCUCGUCUGGAUAACCCUUCUCGCGCUUGUUGUCACUGUGAAUUGCGUGCGCUGGAGCGAGCUCUUUCAGUAUGGAGAGAACGCCGGGGACCGUCUGCUGGACCCCGGGAACGACCAGACGCAAGAGCUUCCACUGGACAAAUCAAUGUAUUUCUACGACGGAUCAUUUGACAGCGUUUAUAUCAACACCAACGGGUUCGUCGCCACGGCCGAGCCCACGGCGGAGUCGGAGUACCUGGGCAAGAUGCCCGCCAGCUUCGGCAUGAUCGCGGCGCUGGUGGGCGACCUGGACACCGGCGACGGCGUGGGGAAGGUGUACUACCGCCAGGACGCCAGCCCCGCGCUCCUGCGGCGGGUCGCGGAGCACGUCGCCCGGGCGUUCCCGCAGGACGACGAGGCGACGCCCGUCCACGCCGUGGUGGUCACCUGGGAGAACGUGGCCCCGCACGAGGCCCCGAGCAGGGGGGACGGGCCGUCCAGGACGAGAAACACCUUCCAGCUUGUGGUGGCUUCCAUGGAGACGGCCUCCUACGCCAUUCUGCUGUAUCCGGCGGAAGGGAUGCAGUUCCUCUCCACGCCCGCGGGUGGCGCGAGUGAGCCCUGCCAGGCCGGCUUCAGCAAGGGGCUGGUGAAAGGCUGGUUCUGGAGGGCCACCCAGGGGCCGUAUUACCGCAUCACCACCCGCGACGAGGCGUCUGUCAGGAAGCUCUCGGAGGCCACGAACUCGGGGAUGCGCGGCGUGUGGGUAUACGAGAUCGGCACCUACCCCUUCUUCGCCGCGGUCGCCCCCGGUCAGGUGACCGACCUGUCUCCCGAAACCCCCCAGGGGAGGCCCCGGGGGGGCGAGAGGAGGGCGGGGGAGCAUGCCCCAAAGGUCGCCAUGUACGACAGAGGGCAGCAGGUCCCCGAGUACCCCCCCUACAGGCCAGAGGAGGUCCCUGUUGAGGGACAGGACCCAGAGGAGCCGUACGCCGAACCCAUCCCGGUCCACCCGGUCCAGUACCAGCCCCAGAACCCCCAGGUGGUGGUGGUGGAUGAGGGGGAGAUUAACGUGGACGUGUUCUCUUACAACUUUGAGACGUGCGCCAACAACAGAGAGAAGUGCUCCACCUUCGCUGACUGCAGGGACUACUCCGGCGGCUACUGCUGUCACUGCAGGCCUGGUUACUACGGCAACGGCAAACACUGCGUCGCCGAAGGCAAGCCCCAGAGGAUGAAUGGGAAGGUGAACGGUCGCGUGUUCGUCGGCGGCUCCUCCACGCCGAUUCAGUUCAGCAACAACGACCUGCACUCCUACGUGGUGGCCAACGACGGCCGCGCCUACGUGGCCAUCAGCACCAUCCCCGCCGCGCUGGGCCCCUCCCUCCUCCCCCUGUCCUCCCUGGGGGGGGUCAUCGGCUGGGCCUUCGCCCUGGAGCAGCCCGGCUACCAAAACGGAUUCAGCAUCAUCGGUGGGGAGUUCACGCGGCAGGCAGAGGUGACCUUCCUGCCGGGGAACGAGAAGCUGACCAUCAAACAGGAGUUCAGGGGCAUCGACGCUCACGACCACCUGGUGGUCAGCACCGAGCUGGAGGGCCGACUGCCGGAGGUCCCGCGGGGCUCCACCGUCCAAAUCGAACCCUACACCGAGAUCUACCAGUACAGCAGCAACACGAUCACCUCGGCCUCCACGCGGGGCUACACCGUCACCCCGAGCAACGGCGGCGGCGCCCAGAGCAGGAGCUACCAGUGGCGGCAGAGCAUCGUGUUCCAGAGCUGCCCGCACGACGAGGCCAGCAGGGCGGUGCCGUCCACCCAGCAGCUGAGCGUGGACCAGAUCUUCGUCAUGUACGACCCCAGCAACCAGCUGAUCCGCUACGCCAUGAGCAACAAGAUCGGCUCCAUCCACGGUGGGGAACCGGAACCAAAUCCCUGUUUUACCGGUCGCCACGGCUGCGACACGAACGCGGUCUGCCGACCGGGCCAGGGGAACCAGUUCACCUGCGAGUGCGCCACCGGAUUCUCCGGGGACGGGCGGACCUGUCACGACAUCGACGAGUGCAGGGAGAGGCCGCAGGUGUGCGGGCCCCAUGCCACCUGCAACAAUCAGCCGGGAACCUUCCGCUGCGAGUGCACUGCUGGCUAUCAGUUCGCCAGCGACGGCCAGACCUGCAUAGAAGCGGACCGGCCCGUGGACCACUGCCAGGCCGGAACCCACAACUGCGACAUUCCACAGCGAGCUCGCUGCAGCUACACCGGCAGCUCCUCCUACAUAUGCUCCUGUCUGCCCGGGUUCGAGGGGGACGGCCGCGCCUGCCGGGACAUCGAUGAGUGCCAGCCGGGGAGGUGCCACCAGGACGCGGUGUGCUACAACACUCAGGGGUCCUUCACCUGCCAGUGUCGGCCCGGUCUCCAUGGCGACGGAUUCCACUGCUCCUCAGAGCACGAGAAGACGCCCUGCGAGCGUCAGCGGGACAGCGCCCUGGCGUCCUCCUCCGUCUCCGGCCCGCGCGGCUCGCGCCCAGCCCUGGGCGCGUUCGUGCCCGCCUGCGACGCCCACGGCAACUACGAGCCCACCCAGUGCCAGAGCAGCAUCGGCCAGUGCUGGUGCGUCGACCGCAACGGGAACGAGAUCCCCGGGACCCGCGCCCGCGGCAGGAGGCCCCUGUGCAUUGAUCAGGGGGUGAUCCCACCCCCCGUUGGCCCCACCCCCAAGCCCGACGUCAGCCCGUUGCCCCCGGGAACCCACAUUCUCUUUGCCCAGAACGGGAAAAUCGAACACAUUCCCCUCGACGGACAGACGAUGAAGAAGAGCGAGGCCAAAACCCUGCUUCACCUUCCUGAGAAGGUGGUGAUCGCCGUGGCCUACGACUGCGUGGAGAAAAUGGUGUACUGGACGGACAUCAGCGGACCGUCCAUCAGCAAGGCCAGCCUGCAGGGAGGGGACCCAAUACCUAUCAUCAGGGCAGAUCUGGAGAGCCCGGAAGGUAUCGCCAUCGACCACCUGGGCCGCACCAUGUUCUGGACCGACUCCAUGCUGGACCGGAUCGAGGUGGCCUCGCUGGACGGCACCAAGCGCCGGGUCCUGUUCGACACCGACCUGGUCAACCCCCGUCCCAUCAUCGUAGACCCCAUCAAGGGGCACCUGUACUGGGCGGACUGGAACAGGGACGCCCCUAAGAUAGAGACCUCCCACAUGGACGGGACCAACAGGAAGACACUGGUGAGGGACAACCUGGGACUGCCCAAUGGCCUGACCUAUGACCCCCACACCUCCUUGCUGUGUUGGGCCGACGCGGGUACCCGUAAGGUGGAGUGCAUGUCCCCCAGCCAGAACAACCGCAGGAAGGUCGUGGAAGGCAUCCGGUACCCUUUCGGCAUCGCGUCCUUCGGGAGAAACCUCUACUACACCGACUGGAGGAGGGACGCGGUGGUGGCGGUGGACCGCACGCUGGGCAGAGAGACGGACGAGUAUCUGCCAGUGAAGCGCUCGCGCCUCUACGGCAUCACCACGGCUUACUCCCAGUGCCCUUCCGGGCAAAACUACUGCGCCGUGAACAACGGAGGCUGCACGCACUUGUGUCUGGCGACCCCUUCUGGCCGCACGUGCUUGUGCCCCGACAACGCCGUGGGCGUGAGUUGCGUGGAGAGAGAGGGCCGAUAUUGAGGAGGAGGAGGAGCAGAGGAGCGUUCUCUUAAACAGGAGCCGCGCUUGGCAUGCUCCUCCUGACGUCACCCUGGUGCUGAAAGUCGUGUCACCUGACACUACACUUACUUAAUAAUGCCACUAAGCACCAGCCAUGGACAGCAAGCAUCUCUUCAAGAUUUUGUUUUUGUUGUUAUUAUUAUUAUGUUAAAUCUAAGUAUGUUUUUUUUUUUAACAAUGAAUUGGAUUUGUUACUGUUUAUCUGUCACUUUUUUUUUUUUGUAAAUCACGUUUGUCUGUAAAUAAAUCCAAACAUAUCAUACUGUAUUUUUAAGGUAAACUCUGUGGUGCACUCAAAGUUAUGGCCAUCACUGUGGUCUGUUCUGUGGAAAAAAAUAUUAUUAGUUUAUCUUAUGAUUACCAUCUAACAUGUAUAACUAUUUGGAGCUUUUAAUUAAUAUUUUCUUAAAAAUAAGCAUACAAAACAUAAGUAUUUGAAAAGGAGUUCCAGAGAAAGUAUUCAGUUGUACACAGAAAAAGCAAGUGGUCUGUAUACAGGGGAUUCAUACAUGCUCUGCAUGUUUAACUGAAUUUCCUGAUUAUUUCUCUUCUGUUGCCUUUGAGAAUCAGGUGUAACUGUGAAGUUUAUGCUCUGUAGCAGAAGGUGACAGGAAGUUGGGCUGUGGGGUGGGGGCGGAGUGGGCAGGGGGGUGACCAGUGGCAGAGUGGAGUCUGUCUGAUUGGUGCUCUGCUCAAACCUGCUCCUGCAUAAGCUGAGAGGGCCGUUGUUUUCGGUGAGUUCGUCCCCGGAGAGGAUUGGAGGCCAUAUGUUUAAGUACUUUACAGAGUUGAUGGAGCUUCUCGUUGUAUGAUCAGCUGGAGAGAGAGAGAGAGAGGAAGAGAUGUUUACAUUCUGUACAGCUGUCACCAUAAAAAACAAUUAAACUUUUUCUCUUUUUUUUUUA